CAAGUUCUGAUUCCGCUUCCUUCUAAAUUUCCUUUUCGGCCAUUAUUUUUCGAAGGUACCAAAAAUGGUGCAGCGUUUGACGCUUCGGCGGCGUCUCCCGUACAACACAAACUCCAACCGGAGAAGAGUAUCGAGAACUCCGGGAGGACGUCUCGUCUAUCUGUACACCAAGAAGCUUGGAAGCGUACCAAGAUGUGGUGACUGCAAGGAGAAGCUUCGUGGGAUUACCGCUGCGAGGCCACGAGAACUUUCAGCACUUAGUAAGCGGCACAAGACUGUGACAAGGACCUACGGUGGUUCUCGCUGUGGGAAGUGCGUCAGGAGCCGCAUCAUCAGGGCUUUCCUGAUUGAAGAACAGAAGAUAGUUGCCAAGGUUCUCAAGGCAAAACAGUCUGAAGCACCCAAGAAAGCAAAAAAGUGAGCUGUACUCUGUUCCCGAAUUAAAUAAUAUUCACAAAAAAAAAAAGAUGUAAGCAACUACA